GCGUGCGCGUGGCCGCCUCACGAGGCCGAGCGCCGCCACCGCCGGGACCCAGGUGCAGUGUCAUCUUUACCCCCUCCAGGGUCGCUCGUGGGCCUGGGCAGCAUGGUGCCCUCUGGCCAGGCGGUGGAGAAGCAGGUGCCCGUGGAGGCCGAGCUAGGCCACGAGCUCCGGUCCUGGCGCUGCCUGGUGUUCUACCUCUGCUUCUACGGCUUCAUGGCGCAAAUGCGGCCCGGUGAGAGCUUCAUCACACCCUACCUUCUAGGGCCUGACAAGAACUUCACGAAGGAGCAGGUCACCAACGAGAUCACGCCGGUGCUGUCCUACUCCUACAUGGUGGUGCUGGUGCCCGUCUUUCUGCUCACCGACUACCUGCGCUACAAGCCGGUGCUGGUGCUGCAGGGCCUGAGCUUCGUGUCCGUGUGGCUGCUGUUACUACUGGGCCGCUCGGUGCUGCACAUGCAGGUCAUGGAGCUCUUCUACAGCGUCACCAUGGCUGCGCGCAUCGCCUACUCCUCCUACAUCUUCUCCCUUGUGCGCCCCGCGCGCUACCAGCGCAUGGCCAGCUACUCGCGCGCCGCCGUGCUGCUGGGCGUCUUCAUCAGCUCCGUGCUGGGCCAGCUGCUCGUCACCGCCGGCGGUGUCUCCUUCCCUACACUCAACUACAUCUCCCUGGCCUUCCUCCUCUUCAGCCUGGGCCUCGCGCUCUUCCUGAAGCGCCCCAAGCGCAGCCUCUUCUUCAACCGCCCUGCGCCCACACCGGGGGCCGCGCCCGGCGAGCUGGACUGCAUGAACCCGGCACCCGGCCGGCCGCGGCGCGCACUGCUGGCCGCCUGCGGGGACUGCACGCUGGCGCGCAUGCUGCAGGAACUGGGGGCAGGCCUGCGGCUGCCGCAGCUGCGCCUCUGGUCCCUCUGGUGGGUCUUCAACUCGGCUGGCUACUACCUGGUGGUCUACUACGCGCACAUCCUGUGGAGCGUGGUGCAACCCACCACCGACAGCACUCGAGUCUACAAUGGCGCUGCCGAUGCGGCCUCCACCCUGCUCAGUGCCAUCACGUCCUUCGUUGCGGGCUUCCUGCAGGUGCGCUGGGCACUGUGGUCAAAGCUGGUCAUUGGGGGCGUCACGGCUUUGCAGGCCGGGCUGGUCUUCCUCAUGUACAGGACCCACGACAUCUGGCUGUGCUACGCGGCCUUCGUGGUCUUCCGCGGCUCCUACCAGUUCCUCGUGCCCAUCGCCACGUUUCAGAUUGCAUCUUCUCUGUCCAAGGAGCUCUGUGCCCUCUUCUUCGGGGUGAACACAUUUUUCGCCACCAUUCUCAAGACCAUAAUCACACUCAUUGUCUCGGACAAGCGGGGCCUGGGCUUCCCAGUCCACUCCCAGUUCCUUGUCUACUUCGUGUACUUACUGGUACUUUCCGCCAUCUACUUCUUGGGGGCCAUGCUGGAUGGCCUGCGGCACUUCCAGCAGGGCCUCCACCAGCCCUUUCCCCCGGCCGAGGAGCUGAGGAGCCCCAUGGAGGAGAAGACGGCACAGGCACUGAGCGUGCAGGAUGGGGGCCCGGGCAGCCUGCAGCCCUUGGCUCUGCCACUGCCCCCAGAGGACAGUGCAUGGACUGCGGAACCAGCCUCCUGGGAGCAGAGCCAGCUGCACGAGUCCAAGGCCUGACCUGCCCAGCCUGCUGUCCCCUCCCCAGCCCAGCGGACAGCUGGAUUCCUGACCCCAGAGGCAGUCCCUCUCAUCUGCGUGCCAGGGCCUGACCAUGUCUGGGCCCUGAUGUCACAGACUCGGCGCAUCCCCAGGCUGCCUAUCCUGGUGUUAGUAAGCUGGGUUUCUGGUGUUGUCUGAAUUCUAGUGUUCAGAAUGUGAACCAGGGACUCAUGGGGCCUCGGGUGCCUUUGCAGCGACACCAGGUGUGUCAU